AUGAAAUUCACUCAAAUCGCUACUACUGCUGCUCUCGCUAGUUUGGCCAACGCUGCCGUCGUUUACGUCACCAAGACUAACCAAUUCACCGAAUACGCUACCGUUAACGGUGCUGUUGAAACUGUUCAAGCCAAGGCUGCAAACACUCAAGCUGCUGCUCCAACUACUGAAGCUGUUCAAGUUCCAACUACUACUGCCGAAGCUGAAUCAGCUCAACAAUCCACUUGGGUCUUCUCCACCAACAUUAUGGGUCAAGAUAUUGUCUUCACUAGUGUUGUCUCUGGUGAUGCUGCUAACGCUGUUAGAACCUUGUACGAACAACACGUCAUUAUCAAGAGUGGUAACUCUGAAUCAACCAGAACUGUUGUUGUUCAAGCUAACCCAACUACCUUGAUUUCUUCUACUGUUCAACAAGGUGAAUCCACUUCUAUUUCUGCUGAAGCCACUGCUGAAACCACCAAGGCUGCUGAAACUACUCAAGUUGCCGAAACCACCGCUGCUGCUGAAACUACCAAAGCUGCUGAAACCACCACUGCUGCUGCUGAAACCACUACUGCUGCUGAAACUACCAAGGCUGCUGAAACUUCUCCAGUUGCUAAGGCCGCUGAAACUUCCUCCUCAUCUUCUUCCUCUGACUUCAGUGGUGUUGAAGAUGAAGACUUCUCCCAAAAACAUUUUGGAUGCUCAUAA